AUGGCUGCAUCUCAUCCUCUUCCAUCUAGGAAUGACAGUCCCGGCAAGGCUGCGCGCGACGAGUUGAAGCAAUACUACUUGUGUUCCGCGUGGAAGUUCACGGAUCGCGCGGUUGACCAUCUGAUUGCCAAAUUGCGAGGCCAGAACAUUCAAGAUACCGACUUCAGCUGGGAGCCCAAAUAUCGAUGGAUCAAGGCUAUUUCGCCCGCCAGCAAGCAAGCCGAGAUACGAAGGUUUUGGCAAGAGCUGGUGACAGAGAUUGAACAAGACGCCUACGAACGUGCCGAGGAUGAUAUCAUUGACUACAACUUCACGCUCAAGCGCGGAUUCAAAGACGAGAUGAUCGAGUACCCAAGUGGUCUCUCCGACUCCGGCGACGAUGAUGCCGACACCUACAGCAGCAAUGGCUCCGACGAACACGCAACGCGCAAUACCUUUCCUCCACAGUUCAGCAACCGAUUCCCUUGCCUUGGAACCUGGACCAAGCUUGAGGGAGUGCACCCGUCUGUCACAACUCAGAGCUUCCUGAAUGAGGAUGACCGACUCCAACUUCAGCAAGAUACCGGUGUUAAGAUUUCGUACGAUCUCGGAAAGGUUGUCUACCUUGGUGCAGAAAGCCAAGAUGCAAUCAAGGAGGUCAAAGCGAAAUUAGAUAUCCUCCUGGAGUCUUUUUCAACUUCUUGGGAUAUGACUAUAUCCGGAUAUGAUGUCCAAUUUGUUCCCUAUGCUGAAGGCUACAAGGACCCGGUGCUCAAGGAGUUCAAGUCCGACGUCCGAUAUCUCGCCAACAUCGACCCCAAGCUCCCAUCUACAACUCUUCUGGACCCACUCUUAUUCCCUGAUCUAUCCCAAGAGUAUGCUCGCAUGUACCACGUUGGAAGUUCAAUUCGACUUUGUCCCUACAACUCCGUGUUACGCGCACACUCGUCCUUGUUCGGCCCUGAGAUUUUGACCAGGAACCGGAAGAAGAAGGAUCUCUUGGUGCCACGUCCCAUUCUCACAACUAAGUCAGAAACGGUCUUGAUUGACGUAUCUACUGCCUCUGUCGGCGGGCUACCUGACCCCAUUCUCAACGGAAAGGUUGUUGACCAAAAGCUGAACGUCAACAACUGGUUGAGUAACGUUCCCGAAGACUUAUUUUCAGUACCGACACAAGGCUCCCUUGAAUCGAGGCCUCUCACGCCUGGCUCAACAAUUCCAGCGCCAACUAUUCCUUGGGAUGUGCCCGUUAUCUCUUGGAAUAUGCCAGCCCUUGUCCCGACACAUAGCGCGAAAUCGUCAGAGAAAGUUGAAUCAUCCAAAGAGGACACAAAGACAACCGCUGUCAAGGAUGAACCUUUGAGCCUCGAUCAACAAAAGAAGCGAGAGAGGAUUCAAGAAGUCCUUGACUCUGUGCCCAGGUUUCUCGGAAACGGCCCAUACCUGAGGGGAGAAGUCAUCGUCACAGCAGACUUUGGGCGUGUAAUCAUUCCCGAGCUCGCAGCAAAUGCUAUAGCUUUCAACGGCAAGAAUACCAAGAGCAAUGGAUGGAAGAAGGUUGCUCUAUCGCACACACUGCGUAAGAUCAAGCGUGCAACCACCGGCAAGGAGUCUCUGGUUGCCGGAAAUGUUUGCUUCACGAAGAUUUUGAGCACACACGGCUCCGAUCUGGAGACGUUGAUCAAUACGAUGGACGAGAAAACAUACCAGCGUCUGUGGCAAAAAGCCCCUUCGAAGUGCUGGACAGUGUACUCUUUUCACUGCCAACUGACUGGCAAAGCCCCUGAUCAGUUUCUCGUGGAGAUCACGGACUGUGCCAACGGCACCUUCUCUUACACGAUUCGAGGACUGACCGAGCCUGGAUGUUCCCAGAAUGAACGCAAGCCAGAUGACAAAGACAGCAUCAACUUGGGCUUUUCUGUUGAUUCUCAGUCCAAGACAGAGAUCACAUCUGUUCGGAUACUUUCCAAGUGGCGGUAUUUGAGCUUGGAUAAACGAGGUGCUCUUGAUAUCACCGAGGUUGAAGAGCUGGAGAUCAAAUGGAAUCCCAACCGUCCUGGAAUGCCAACAUCUACGGGAGAAGCACACACGUUGAAGGUCAAGACUCGCAAAGAGAGACUAGCCCAGGGGAAGGUACAACGCUGGUACGAAGCAUCUGUCUCAUCUCUUAACCUUGAAAAGCUCCUAGAACAGAACAAGACACUAAAGGCAGGAGAGAGUGCCCAAUGGUCUCAGGCUGAACUCAGCAAAGAUGAUAUCCUGGAAAGUCUCUGUUGUCCUGCCCUCCAGAUGCUGAAGCAUAUGGAUCAAGUUGGCGGACUGGAGGACAAUAAGCAAGCAGAGAAGCCUGGAACGGCCGUGAAGAGGGCCAACGAUCGCUCAAGGGCUGUGCCAGGCUCUGAGCCUGCCUGA